CUCUUGAAAACCACAGUGCAAAAUGAGGAAGUAAGGGACUGUUCUAAACUGAGUGCAAAGAACUAGUCUUUCUUUUUGUUUCUUGCCUACUUUUCUCAUUGUGGUGUUCUAAUGGCAGCAGUAUAAAAUUAGGUGGAUUGAUUGAAUCCUGACACAUGCCGUUUUUAUUUUUUCAGACUAGAAAGCCUUUUGUCUGGUACUAAUUUUGAGCUUUUUUGGAAUACCGCUUUUGGCUUUUUCCAACAGGAAAUAAAUCAAUUCAAACUUCUUGGUGUCCUCAUCUGCAAAAGAGCAAAAAAAUAAUACAAUGGAACCAGACUUUUUCACUGCUUUUGCACAGCCCAGUGCGCUUCAUCAUUCACCACUUAAGAAUGACGUUGUUCAAGGAGAAAAGAGGAAAUUCAUAAAUCCUACGUCCUACAAUAACCCCAAAUUGGAAGAACUACAAAUGCUCUUGAUAGAUUGGAUUAACACAACCCUGAAACAGGAACACAUAGUAGUAAAAAGCCUGGAAGAAGACCUGUUUGAUGGGCUGAUACUUCAUCAUCUCUUGGAAAAACUAGGAUCUCUCAGGCUGGAUGUUGAGAAGAUUGCACUGACAGAAAAAAAACAGAAACGUAAACUUGCCGUUAUUCUGGAAGCUGUGGCCCAGUGUUUACAACUAGAAGAGAGCCAGCUGAAAUGGAAUAUUGAUUCCAUCUUCCAGAAGGACUUACUGAGCACAUUAUAUCUUCUGAUUGCAAUAGCAAAGCACUUCCAACCGGAUCUGCCUAUCCCUUCAAAUAUUAGUGUGGAAGUAAUAAUCAUUGAGCGUACCUUAACAGGAUUAAGGACAGAAAAUGCAGUGGAAUGUAUCACAGAGAACAGAGAGACUUUAGAAGGCCAGUCAAAAGCUGAUGCCUUUGAUGAAUUAUUCACACAUGCACCGGACAAACUGGAUGAUGUGAAAAAGGUGCUUUUGCAAUUUGUCAACAAGCAUGUUGGAAAAUUAGGAUUAAAUGUGAAUGAUGCUGACUCUCAGUUUGCAGAUGGAGUUAUCUUGCUUUUGUUAAUUGGACAACUUGGAGGGUAUUUCCUGAAUUUAAGGGAGUUCUUCCUGAACCCAAAUUGUGCUACGGAAAUGCUUCACAAUGUUAACCUUGCAGUGGCUUUGCUGACAGAUGGAGGUCUUCUAGAUUUUCCUGUCAAUGCUGAAGAUAUUGUGAACAGAGAUAUGAAGACUACAUUGCAGGUUUUGUACUGCUUGUAUUCGAAAUACAAGACCAAAGAAACAUGAAGAGUGAAACCAAGAACUAGAUUUUCUUGCUAGCGUACUCUGAGUUUAAUUUUCAGUCCCUAGCUGUAUGUUUGCCACUUUGCACAUGCACACACCCUAUAUGACACUUGUUGCAUUAAUAUGCUUUGAAAAGUGUGUAUGCAUGCAAAGUUAUAUAGUUAUAUAACUUGCGCUAUCUAUAAUAUAAGUGUGUGCACGUAUUCAGGGACCAGUGUUUUCUGCUGUUCCCUGGCUGUGAAUUUUGCCACAGAAAGAGAAUCCACCCCUUGCUUCAUCUAAUGCCCCCAAAAGCUGUAAAGACUAGUCAAUGUGCUUACCCUAGCCCCUGGCUUCAACCCCUUGCCCUUUUAUCAGAGAGGGAGCUGGAAGUCAUUUUUAGAACUUUGCACCUGUACUUGCACUGAGGUGGCUGCAGCACCAUGAUGGAGUUGGAGUCCAUGGAUAGAUUCCACGAGGGCUUGAAGCCCAUAGUCUAAUAACUCCUGUACUACAUUUUCAGGCAGGAUGAUGAGGAUAAUAAUUUUUAAAAGUGGCUAGUGAUAUGAAACUUGGCAAGAUGUGAAAUGUUUGAAAAAAAUCUGCUUGCUUGCUUGCCUCUUAAAAUACAUUUACACUGAAGGGAUUGAGAACCCUAUACAGGCCAUCCACUGUACAGUAUUGUGGAUUUCCCCCGGUCCUCGGCACCUCCUACAAAACCAUGAAAGAGCCCCCUUAUUUGCCCUUUAAUCUAGCACAAGAUUGUGGCCUACUGCACCCCUCUUCUCCCUGCAACUCUUGUGCACCUACACAUGGCCAUCCUGAAUACUAGUCUCUGCACUACCUAAGUGCAAGGGGAGAGGCUAACAUGACUCCACCUUCCCCCUUACAAGGGUGCACGGGAGGGUGGGUUGGGGUGUGGCUCAUUCUAUCCUUGUAACACUCAGGGUAUAUCUACACUACGGGAUUAAUCCGAAUUUACAGAAUUCGAUUUUUGGCAACAGAUUGUAUAAAGUCGGAUGUAUGCGGCCACACUAAGCACAUUAAUUCGGCGGUGUGCGUCCACUUAC